AUGGAUCGUAUAGUGAAACUGGCUUCUCAGAAAGCUGUGGUGAUCUUUAGUAAGAGUUCAUGUUGCAUGUGCCAUGCUAUCAAGAGACUGUUUUAUGAGCAAGGUGUGAGUCCUACGAUCCAUGAACUAGAUGAGGAUUCAAGAGGAAAAGAAAUGGAGUGUGCUCUAAUGAGGUUAGGAUGCAGCACUGCUGUCCCAGCUGUGUUUAUCGGAGGAGAAUUUGUGGGCUCUUCUAAUACUAUUAUGACUCUGCAUCUCAAUGGUUCACUUAAGAAGUUGUUGAAAGAUGCCGGAGCAUUAUGGCUCUAA